UAUCACACACCCUCCUCUUCUCUCGCAUAUCGUACCAGUGGGAUUCAUUCUCGUCUCUUCACGUCUAUCUCCUAAAACCUCUCCAUGGCUGCAUCAUCAUCAACAGUAUCGUCAGAUGCAAGAGGCAAAAAGAACCUUCUUAACGUUGAUCGGAUCAGCAUGCUUCCGGACGAAGUGUUGCUCGUGAUUCUAAAGAAUAUACCCACUGAAGAAGCUGUCCGGACAAGUUUGUUGUCAACACGUUGGAAGGAUGUUUGGAAACAUUUGCCGUCUCUUAUCUUUGAUAUGCGAAAAACUUUCAACGCCCAAAUGGGAUCCUUGGCCGAUCGUUCGGGUUACAUUGCUGACCUUAUUACAAAGGUUAUAAACAAUCACAAAGGUCAUCUAGAGUACUGCAGAAUCCACCAUUUUUCAUACCAAUCAAAAGACGGUGCUCUCGAAGCUUGGAUUCGAACUCUGAUUCAUGUGAAAGGCACCAAAAGUCUCUCACUGCUAAACCAUCUUGGUCACAAUAGGAGAUCCAGCAUGCUCCACUUGCUCCCAAACACAUUCUCCCAUCCAGCCCUCACCUCACUCAGCUUAUAUCGCUACGACUUUGAAACUGCAAAUCCCUUUAACAAGUGCGACAAUCUCAUGAUUCUCCAACUUGGUAGAAUUUGUGCUGAGGUUGGUGUGUUCAACACAAUCAUUGCAGCGUGCCCCUCUCUCAAGGUGUUGGUACUAGAAAUCACGACGUACAGCCAGCUUGGUUGUUUGAAGAUUCACAACAACAAUUUAAAGCUCUUGCACGUGACUUGCUCUCAUAUAGAUCGCAUUGACGUGUCUGCACCUCUUCUGGAUAUCUUCUCCAUUCGCUUUACUUUUGUUGCGAAAGAUAACUUCCUCCUUGCAGCCCUUAAAAUACUUCAAAUUAAUAAAAGCUAUUGGGCUGCAAAAGUAAGGACACCUCAUAUCAGCUACAACAUAUCGUGUAAUGCUCAGGAGAAAGAAAGCAUCGAGCAUAAGUUCGUGGUGAGUAGAGAUACUAACUAUUUGGCGCGGUUUCAAUCUUUGGCGGUGAUCGUGGAUUUAAUGAAUCCAAGGGAAGUUCAAAUGUUGAGAGAGGUGUUAGUUGCAUGGAACGGAAUAAUGAGGAAGCUCGAGAUAUCGUUUACGGAUUCCAACAUUCCUAAGAAAGAAGGUGAAUCUUCUAUUAGUGGGGCAGAAAAGAAAAAGUGGGAAGGUGGACAAAUAUUUCCCAACGCUGAUUUUCGCGUAGAUGUUCUGUGGAUGUUUAAUUUCAAUUGUUGCGAUGAAAACCAGUUUGAAUUGGCUUCGCGUUUUGUGACGCAAGGGACCGUGAUGAGGAAAAUGAUGAUCAAGACAUCGUUGAUUCCUCCAAGCGAAGAGACAGAAGCUGCUGUGGCCAAACUAAUGGAACUUCCAAAAGGUAACGAUGAGCUUAGCAUUGAAUUAUGCUUCUAAUAAAUUUUUAUUUGGAUCUAGGCGUUGGUCAUUUGAUAUAAUAAGUAACCUUCUAUUUGUGAAGUGGAAGACUUUAUGGUUUCAACUUUCUAGUAAUGCUUUUGGUGUUUCUGUUGAAUGUA